AAAAACUACAGCACAGAAACAGGCUCCUUGGCCCUUCUUGGCUGUGCUGAACCAUUUUCUGCCUAGUCCCACUGACCUGCACAUGGACCAUAUCCCUCCAUACACCUCCCAUCCAUGUAUCUGUCCAAUUUAUUCUUAAAUUUUAAAAAAGAACCCGCAUUUACCACCUCGUCCGACUCAGCAUGGAACCGCCUUUCACGCAUGUUGGUGUUGAUGUAUUUGGACUCUGGACCAUGUCUGCACGCCGUACGAGGGAUGGCCAUGCUGAGAGAAAAAGAUGGGCAGUUUUAUUUACCUGCUUAAGCAUCAGAGCCAUCCACCUCGAGAUCAUAGAGUCUAUGGACAGCUCAAGUUUUAUAAAUACCCUGAGAGCGUUCCUGCCGAUCCGUGAGCCAGUCAAGCAAAUGCGUUCUGACUGGGGAACGAAUUUCAUCAGAGCAUGCAGAGAUCUAGGAAUCUCCUUCAAUGGUGAUGAAGAAGUGAUGAAGAGGUAUCUCUCAGAAAAGGGCUGUACCUGGACAUUCAAUCCGCCUCAUUCCUCCCAUACGGGAGGGGCAUGGGGGAGAAUGAUCGGCAUCACCCGCAAAAUCCUGGACUCCAUGCUUCUCCAGUCAGGGCCUUCUAGACUCACUCAUGAGGUGCUCACCAACUUUAUGGCCGAGGUGAUGGCCAUUGUGAACAAUAGACCUUUAAGGCCUGUGUCUACAGACACAGAAGAUCCAUUCAUUCUCACUCCUGCCACGCUGCUCACACAAAAAAGUGGCCCUUAUCCCAUUCCUCCAGGUGAGUUUGAAGCAAGGACCUGUACAAGAGACAGUAGCGGCAGGUGCAAAGCCUGGCCGGUACCUUCUGGGACAGAUGGCGCAAACAGUACUUGUUUACCUUGCAGUUAGGAAGGAAAUGGAC